GCAGAAGACGUUCUUCGUAUGCUCUACAAUCACAAUCACAAUCACAACCACCACCACCACAGCAGCAGCAGCAGCAGCAGCAGCAGUAUAACCCUGUCAUGUACGGUUCCUCUUUCAAUUCAAACUCUACAGCAAGAUUAUCUACUUCGAGAUCAUCUUCUCAGGAAAGUGCUUCUCAAGAUGGGUUGUAUGGCUAUAAUAGUGACUAUAGUGAACCUGUUCCUCCAACAAGCGCUUCCCACCGAUCCCAUCAACAUCCACGCCAUUCCCAACAACAGCAACAACACGAACAGCCACCGCAUUCUAUGAGUAGCAGCCAUUUGAAUGGGAUGCAUCCUCAAACUAUCUCAACAACAUCGACUUCUACUUUCAUGAACAAUGAUAAUAACGACGAUUACAAUGUCAAUUUGGAUUUGGUAAAAGAUGUGCCUGCCUGGCUCAGAAGUAUGCGUUUACAUAAAUACAAUCCCAUUUUUGAAAAAAUGCGUUGGCAAGAUAUUAUCCAACUGGAUGAUGAGGCGUUAAAGACCAAAGGCGUAGCUGCUCUUGGUGCCCGACGUAAAAUGUUGAAAGUGUUUGAUCAAGUAAAGGAAUAUUGUCAGCAAAAUAAUAUUGAGUACAGUACUUGAGACCCACUAUUUAAAAGGCAACUGAAAGACAUCCACCCAUUGUUUGACUUUUUCAUACGAUGUUGGACUAUGCCAUUGAUUGUUGAGUCUGCUCUUCGUUAACGCUUACUCUACUAUCACUAUUGUUUACAAAACUCGCAAAUGAAAAAAUUAUGCUUUGCACAUCGAGGAAGCAAGUUUGCAAAUUUUUGCAGAAUUUGUUAUACUUGUACGAGAAAUAAAUGUUUAUUUGCUGUCGUCGGUUUGAAUUAUGAC